AUGUUGAAAAUCUUCACAUUUCUAGCUCUUCUGAACCAGUGCAACUGCGCUCCGGCGAACACUUCCACCAACGGAGACGUUGCACCAUGUCUCAAAGAAUUCUAUCAGGCUGCUUAUGAUGGAAUCUAUAAUUGUACAAAGGAGUUUGAUUUUUUCGUGAAUCUCAGAAUCUCAGAAUCUCAGAAUCUCAGAAUCUCAGAAUCUCAGAAUCUCAGAAUCUCAGAAUCUCAGAAUCUCAGAAUCUCAGAAUCUCAAAAUCGGUGA